AUGAUGUUCACCACGAGGACUUCGAGGUGGAGGUGGUCGAAGAAGAGACAGAUCUGCCCAAAAGAUCUAUCUCAGGCAUUGGCUACGAAGCUUAUGGAGAUAGUGCUCACAUUGAAUACUUUUCUGCAACGCACAACAAGUGGUUGCAAGGAUGUAUUCAGGGGACUGGCAGCCUUGUAG